GGUGGCGGAGACAUCCAGGGGAGAUGGCGGCCAGAGGUAGUUUUCAAUCGGCUCCAACGGGAGGUGGUGGCGGGGGAAUGGGACCCGGACCCCAGGUGCAAGGUGGAGGACCAGGCAUGGGACCUGGAACUCCUGGUGGAAGGAUGGGACUCUCAUCGGGCGCACAGAACCACCUUUACCGAUCUCCGAUGCCUGGGCCUGGAUACCCGAGACCAGGUGGGAUGCCACCCUCCAGCCGUAUGACACCCCAGGGUCCGCCCAUGGGGCCUCCAGGCUACGGCUCCAGCCCCGUGUCCCGGCCAGGGAUGCCUGGCGUCAUGGAUCCCUCCCGUAAGAGACCUGCUCCCCAGCAGGUCCAACAGGUCCAGCAACAGCGCAACCAACAUACCAAGAAGAAGAAAAUGGCGGAUAAGAUUUUACCUCAGAGGAUCCGGGAGCUGGUGCCAGAGUCUCAGGCCUACAUGGACCUGCUGGCGUUUGAGAGGAAGCUGGAUCAGACCAUCAUGAGGAAACGUCUGGACAUCCAGGAGGCACUCAAGAGACCCAUCAAGCAAAAACGAAAGCUUCGUAUCUUCAUAUCCAACACCUUCAACCCUGCCAAGCCCGACGCAGAAGACGGAGAGGGCACUGUUGCAUCAUGGGAGCUGCGUGUCGAAGGGCGCCUAAUUGAAGAUACUGCUGUGUCCAAGUAUGAAGCCACCAAGCAGAAGAGAAAGUUCUCUUCCUUCUUCAAGUCUCUGGUCAUCGAGUUGGACAAGGACCUCUAUGGGCCUGACAAUCACUUGGUCGAGUGGCACAGGACUGCGACCACUCAGGAGACAGACGGGUUCCAGGUGAAGAGGCCAGGGGAUGUGGGCGUACGCUGCACUGUCCUGCUCAUGCUGGACUACCAGCCCCCUCAGUUCAAGCUGGACCCUCGCCUGGCCCGUAUGUUGGGGAUCCACACCCAGACCAGGCCGGUCAUCAUCCAGGCCCUCUGGCAAUAUGUUAAGACCCACAAGCUGCAGGACCCCCACGAGAGAGAGUUCAUCAACUGUGACAAGUACCUGCAGCAGAUCUUUGAGACCCAGCGUAUGAAGUUCUCUGAGAUCCCACAACGUCUACACGCUCUGCUGAUGCCUCCAGAACCUAUCAUCAUUAACCAUGUCAUCAGUGUGGAUCCCAACGACCAGAAGAAGACGGCCUGCUAUGACAUCGAUGUGGAGGUGGACGACACUCUAAAGACCCAGAUGAACUCCUUCCUCCUAUCCACCGCCAGCCAGCAGGAGAUAGCUGGCCUGGACAACAAGAUCCAUGAGACCAUAGAGACGAUCAACCAGCUGAAGACCCAGAGAGAGUUCAUGUUGAGCUUCGCCAGAGAUCCCCAGGGCUUCAUCAACGACUGGCUGCAGUCACAGUGCCGGGACCUCAAGACUAUGACUGAUGUGGUUGCGAACCCAGAAGAGGAGAGGAGAGCAGAGUUCUAUUUCCAACCCUGGGCCCAGGAGGCCGUGUGUCGUUACUUCUACUCCAAGGUCCAGCAGAGGAGGCAGGAGCUGGAACAAGCCCUGGGAAUCAGAAACACUUAGAGAUGAAGAUGUUGAAGAAAAACAGGCCAACAGAGGAACAAGUGGCCAUUCUCUCUGGGAAGAGGAAGAGAAGUGUGGGACAUUAAUUAAUACGCCCCCGAUUUGAGAAAAACUUAGAUAAACAUCUUUGAUAUACAUCUGCUUUACUGCUGGUGGUAACUAUAGGAUAUCUUUUUGAAAGUUAUCUAGCAGGCUGUUAUGGUUAUAUUAUCAAUGUUAGAUUUUUACUUCCUCUCUCUUCAUAUUUGUCCCGCUAAAAGAUCUUUUGACUUAUUUUUUCUCAGUGGUCUCUCUCUAUGCCUUACCUCAAUGCAUUCCCUUUUUGGGCUGAACUCUCUCACGUUGCCAAUCUUGAAUCUAUAUUCAGGCCUAAGUGAGGUUGAAAUGACCCCCAACUAAGUAUUGAUGCUACUCCACAAUAACUAAUAUUGAGUAUUUUAAGUCUUAACAUUUGGCCAUUUGUGAAAGAGCAUUGGGUUCAUUUUAAAUACGUUGACUGUCUCUAACCUGCUCUGAGUCCAUACUAACUCAUAACUGAUUAGGUGAUAGACUACACACACUACCAUUCAGGCUUUGGUCUGGAAUUGAUUUUUCAGUGUUUGUUUGGUAUUGAUAGGGUUGUGAGUAUUCAGUGGUCUUUUAUUGCUGUGCUGGCUGUCCGUUUCUUAGUGGUUCAAGAGUAUUCUAGAAUUCUUGUUGUAGAAUAUUGUGUACCUCAAAAAUUCUCCCCUGAACACUUCAAAGUAUGGCGAUGGCAGGCAGGCUUGUGAAGAUUCAGUCUGUUGGUUUAGUUAAUCAUUUAAGGGGCCAUUUUCAUUUGAAACUAUUUUUGUGACGCUUUUUUUAUGUUUUGAAACUCUGAAUUAUAUUAAAGCUUGUAUUGUUAGAAGUUAAACCUUAAGGAAGUAGUGUUAGUAGUAAUUACCUCAAGUCGAUCUAGUUUUGUAAAUACUGAGCAGAAUAAUCUGGUUUGAUGUGAAGGAAAAAUGUCUGUUUUUAAAGGGCAGACCGUCAUUUUGACUCAUUGUCUAAUGCCCCGAUUAGUUUUCCCAAGACGUUCCCCUUCAAGUGAUACCAAUGGUUUAAUCCAGAACAUUCUCUAUAUCCUAACAGCGAGCUGAAGUUGCUUGUUUACCCCGUGUGGAAGGGAGAACAACCUUCAAGGUUCUACUGUUCGGUUAAGAAGAACUCCUCUGGGUUUUCGUCUUUAGUAUUUGUUAGUGUGCAGAAGUCAUCAACACCGAGGAAGAUAAGCAUAGAGCUGGGUUCACUAGUAGAUGUGACAUAUUGAAGAAUUAUCUUUUUUGAUAGUAUGAUCGAAAGCUUCCGCUUGUUGUAUUGCUGUUUUAGAUAUGAUGACAUGUAAAGGAUGUAUGAAGCUUCAUGGUUGGACUCAAUUCAUUGUCAGUUCAGUAGUCAAGUGAAUUGAAAUUAAGCGGCAUCUAUUUUCAAUGGGGAUUUCUUUUUUCAGUAUUAAAUUGUAAUUUCCAUCCACGUUCUGAUUGUCCUGAAUUGCCCCCGAUCCUGUAAAGGAUAAUACUGAAGACUGAUUGAAAUCUUCAGACUUAAAUUGUAUUUUUCUCGUAUUGACCAAACCUAUUUUUUCCUGUAUGUUUUAAUCCUAUGCUAUAAUAAAGGAUAUCUUCAUGAUAA